AACCUGCCAAAAAAAAAAAACACAACCACCUUAUCUAAACCUUCAAGAUGCCCCCCACUUUGCAAGUUGCAUUGCUACAUUUUCCUUUUAAGUCAUCCAUCGUCUGAGCCUAUACCAUAAUCUUCAACCCCCCAUCUAAUUGAAUUCUACCACACCUUUUUGUUUUCUCUGAAAAUGGAGCCAAUCAACAACGAAGUCCUUCACGAAUUUCGCUUCUUUCGGGUGUACAAAGACGGUCGCAUUCAAAAAUUCUACGACACCCAAAAAACCCCACCGUCCAAUGACCUGAUCACGGGUGUCCAAUCCAAGGACGUUAUAAUUCAACCCGAACCCGCCGUUUCCGCCCGUAUUUUUCUACCCAAGAUCCACGACCCCACCCAAAAACUCCCAGUCCUCUUCUUCCUCCACGGUGGCGCGUUUUGCAUCGAGUCUGCCUUCUCUCCAAUUUAUCACAACCACGUCUCCCGUUUGGCCGCUGAAGCUCACGCAAUUGCGGUGUCCGUUGAAUAUGGGUUGUUCCCGGAGCGACCCGUACCCGCUUGUUAUGAAGACUCAUGGGCUGCGCUCCAGUGGGUUGCGGCCCAUGCUACCGUGGAUGGACCCGAGUCGUGGUUAAACGAGUAUGCUGACUUUGACCGAAUUUUUAUAGGCGGGGACAGUGGUGGAGCGAACUUAUCACACAAUUUGGCAGUUCGGGUCGGGUCGUCCCGGUUACCGGGCGUGAAGAUUGCCGGGGUGGUUCUGGUGCACCCGUUCUUUGGGGGCUUGGAGGAGGAUGAUCAAAUGUUUCUCUACACGUACCCAGAGAACGGUGGGUUGCAGGAUCCUAAGCUGAGACCGCCCGCAGAGGAUUUCACAAGGCUACCGUGCGGGAGGGUGUUGAUUUUUUUUGCUGCGGACGACCAUCUGAGAAAGGCGGGGCAAAUGUAUUAUGAUGACCUGAAAAAGAGUGAGUGGGGCGGGAGUGUUGAGGUGGUGGAGCAUGAGGGUGAGUGCCACGUGUUUCACUUGUUCAAACCAGAAUGUGAGAAGACUGGAGAGAUGGUCAAAAAAUUUGGAUCCUUCAUCAACCAAAAUAAAAAAUAAAGUACCCUUCCCCUCAUAAGAACAAGUUGGAACAUCUUUAAGUUCAUCCAUUUUCUUUGGUGUGUAUGAUCUCAUUCUCAUACAUGCUACAGAAAGUUAAUAUGUUUUCAUGUAAUAAUGAUCAAUAUGCGGUCCAAUAAUUUCAAGUGUCAGUAUAUCAAUCGACUAAAUUAUUUGCCCAA